AUGACUGGUUACGUUAAUUCUCCGGCCAAGCCUAUCACUAUACAACAUCGUCUUUACAUCAUCAACAAGGCGGGGACUGGGGAGGCUCACUACAUAAUCCUCACUCCGGACCAUUCUGACAUCCUGUCGUACAAUGUCAAAACUGACCACUGGAAGGUCACUAAAGAUAUCUGUAACUUCGGUGUUGCCGAGGUUGACAACCUGCUUUAUAUAUUCGGAGGGUACAACAAAAAAUCUGCCAGACAUCUCGAUGCAUGUUUCAGAUACAACCCAUUUGAGGGUAUGUGGUCUGUAUUACCCUCUAUGCCAAGACCACGUGCGAAGUUUUCUACGAAUGUACUUAAAGGAAAGAUAAUAGUUACAGGAGGCGAGCUACCAGACGGACGCCAGUCAGUUAUGUGUGAUAUGUAUGAUCCUGUAAAAAAUACUUGGACAGAGUUACGUCCCUUGAUAUCGCCACGUUCAAACCACGCAUGUGCUGUAUUCAAUGGUGAGAUAUACUGUGCUGGAGGCUGUAAUGGGAACCAGUUUCAUAAUAAUUUAUGGGUAUAUGAAGGACAGAAAUGGGUGGAGCUCGACAAGGAAUACCCCCAGAAAUUACCUGUCAAUUUGGACCGAUUCUCCAUGGUAAAACAAGGGCGAUCAUUUUACUUUAUUGGAGGUGUGUCGUGUCGAAAGGAUAAAGACUUUCCCGGAAGGUUCAAGUUUGUGACAGAGAGACGUAUAUUUUCCUACGCCACAAGUGUUUCUGCCUUAGAAGAGGCUCAAGGCGAUGCCAUGUCAUCUCGCCUCGUGUCCCCAUGGUGCAACAAGCUGCCUACAAUGACAUUUGCCCGCCACAGCGCAGGUGUAGCCGUCAUUGGACACAAACUGUACGUUUUCGGAGGUUCUGUAUUGGAAACAGGACAGCAGGUACGACUGGUGGAGUGCUUUGACACCGCAAAAGGAGAGUGGGAAGAGGACUUCCGGUUCAGAAAGGGUGAUGUUUCCAAUGUGACCUGUGUGGUUCUGGAAGUUCCGAACAAACAGGACGAGGACCAAGUCCACUACAAGUUAAAGUGGGUGUUGUGGUGA